ACACAUUCGAUUCGACCACGUGUGAAGACACACUCCUGCAUCAUGAGCUCGGAGAUGGCACCCUCGGCUUUGGAGUCCAACAUCCGCGAGAAGGGCACGAACGCUUACUACUAUGCGCACAAGAAGCGCCACGACGUUGAAGUCCACGCAUGGGACGGCCAGUGCGAGCCGCGCCUCCUUGCCACCUCCGAGGCGCCGGCGCCGAUCUCCAAGGACAAGGCCAUCACGGCGUACGCCUGGGCGGACGGCAAGAAGGCAGUCACCGUCUACGUCGACCUCGCCGGCAUUGGUGCCAUUGCCGAUGACAACAUUGUGCUCGAGUGGGCCGCGCGCUCCAUUGACGUGCGCAUCCGCGGCCUGGACGCGACGGGCGCCGACCUCGUCUUCAAGAUCAAGACCUUGUACGAGGACAUUAUGAACGCGACGCUCAAGAAGAAGGACGACAAGAUCGUGCUGCGUCUCACCAAGGCCAAAGAGCUCACGUGGUACUCGCUCAAGAAGGACCACCCCUAAGACAUGAGAUAAUCCGUUUGAUUUAUAGCUAUAAGAACUAAGUGCUCGCAGAGGGACUUGGGACAGGCAUAAAGUACUGCAGCGAGAGCGCAUCCGCAAACCGCUUGGCGUACAUCUUUGGCUCGACGAUCGUGGGCGCGUCCUGGCCCGCGAUCAUCGUGACGCUCUUUC